AUGACAGGGCGAGUCCUGGGGAAUGGAGUUUGCAGUCAGCUGCUGAGGAAGUUGGGACUGGACUGGAGGUGCUACUUUCCCUUCGAAUGGCUGCCAAGGGGAAGGGCUUCCAGCAAUCUCAGAUGGCCCAGUGGAACAGGAGUGGCUAUUUCAGGAGCCCUGGUAGCAGAGAUGUGAAUCCCGACCUUGAAGCUGAAAGACAGACUGCCUCCUUCAGCGUGGAGAGGCUCACUGCCAUAUUGGAUGGAGGUGCUGACAACACCAGGACACGGAGGGCAGUGGAGGCAGUUAUCUACAGCGACCCUGGCUUUAGCAGAGAAAACCAAUACUUCCAGAGCCAGAAUGAGAGGUAUGAAACAGCAGUCAGAAAAGCUGUGUACCUCAAGGAGAAGAUGCAUCAAAUGGGAUGGACUGAAGACGGGCCUGAAAUUAAGUACUGCUACAGGGCACUUGGCGGAGACCUAGCAUUUAACAUCCACCGAGUCUUUAAGAGCAGUAUCUUGGCCCUGGGAACAGAUGAACAGAUUGCCAAGUGGAUCCCACUUGCUGACAAAUAUCACAUUAUAGGAACCUAUGCUCAGACGGAAUUGGGACAUGGGACAUUUCUUCGGGGUUUGGAGACAACAGCGAUUUUUGACAUUUCCACUCAGGAAUUUACACUGAAUACACCAAAGAUCUCUGCAAUGAAGUGGUGGCCUGGAGACUUGGGCAGAUCAGCAACCCACGCUGUGGUUUUUGCCCAGUUGUAUAUUAAAGGAAAGUGCUACGGUUUGCAUGCCUUCAUCCUGCAGAUCCGCAGCCUUCAUGACCAUUCACCUGCACCAGGGGUUAUUGUGGGAGACAUCGGUCCCAAAAUGAAUUUUGAACACAUUGACAAUGGUUAUCUCAUGCUGCAGAACAUUAAUAUUCCUAGAGAAAACAUGCUAAGCAGAUUCUCUCAGGUUCUACCAGAUGGCACCUACAUGAAACAAGGGUCCGAUAAGAUUAAUUACUUGACCAUGAUCAUAACACGUGUUCAGAUUCUUUGGACUGAAGUUAUACCCAUGCUGUUGAAGGCCUGCACCAUCGCCAUCAGAUAUUCGGUGGUUCGCCGGCAGUCCAAGUUGAACCCGGGUGACCCAGAGGCAAAAAUCCUAAACUACCAGACUCAGCAACAGAAGCUACUACCUCUGCUAGCAACAGCCUAUGCCUUUCAUUUCAUGAACGCCUACGUGAACAAGUUCUACAACAAAGGAUACACAGAGAUCAAACAGGAGAAUUUUGAUUCACUACCUGAGCUUCAUGCGCUUACUUCAGGCCUUAAAGCCAUAAUUACAGAGUACUGCACGGCAGGAGCGGAGGUCUGUCUCAGGGCCUGUGGAGGACAUGGUUACUCUGCGCUGAGUGGACUCCCUUUUUUGUAUACUAAACUAGCCGCUUCUUGUACUUACGAAGGGGAAAACACAGUUCUGUUCCUGCAGACUGCCAGGUUUCUGGUAAAGUGCCUUGCAGCAGUUCACUCCGGCCAGCCCAUCCCUCCAUCGGCUGCCUAUUUGUAUUCAGUGGACUCUGGAAAGUGUCAGGCAUGGACCAAGAUGGACUUUCUCAGAUCAGACAUUUACGGAGAGGCCUAUCGGCACAGAGCAACCAGACUCCUCGGAAAUGCCGCAACCAAACUACAGGCUUUGGUUCAGUCAGGAGCCGAGCAGCACGAGGCAUGGAACCAGUGCACAGUACAGCUUGUACAGGCUGCGAAGGCUCACUGCCACUACAUCGUUGUGAAAAACUUCAUAGACACAGUGGAGAAACUUAGAAAUGAGGCUGAAAUCCAGAAGAUUGUGAAACAUCUUUGUGACCUUUUUGCAUUACAUGGUAUCUUCUCAAACACGGGAGAUUUCCUGCAUGCUGGGUAUAUAUCUGGGGACCAAAUGGACAUGGUGACUGCAUCCUACUUGGAUCUACUCGCUGUCAUUCGGAACGAUGCAGUGCCACUAGUGGAUGCUUUCGACUUCACCGAUGAAAGUUUAAAUUCUGCGCUUGGCAGUUACGACGGACACGUCUACCAACGGCUUUAUGAGUGGGCUCAAAAGUCACCAACCAACCAACAGGUGAGCCAGGCCUAUGCAAGGUACCUGAAACCACUUUUUCAGAGUGCUCUGUCAAAACUAUAAAGAUCAACAGCUGCUUGGGACACACAGACAACAUCUUCUUUGGUUCCAUGUAUGGGGCACUAGCUAGCACACUGCCAGCGUUUUAUAAAUAAUCAAAGAGUAACACAGAACAGUUGACUGUAAUGUCUGCAAACAUCAACUGAAAUUCUUAGUAAUUUACAUUUAAGAAUGGAAGGAAGCCAAACAGUUUUCAGCUACAUCCAUGGUUAUGCCGUGUUUCAUUAGGAACUUACCUAAUUUUUUUUUUUUUUAAAUAUGUUCACAGUAGCUGCAGAAGCUGCCGUAUUUAGCAGUCCAAUUCUCAAUAUUUUAUUACAUUCAGAUUAAAAAUAAUUACUUUCUUUCUGCCUGGGACAUACGUUUGUUGAGCCCAUAAAAUGCCUUGCACAGAAUCAAGGAACUUAAGUUAACAAAAGUAAUGUAAAGUCACAGCCAGAGGUUCUAAAUUAAGGUAUAUUGGCCAAUAAUCUCUCUCAAAAAACAGGAACAUUAGUUCCUAAAUCACCAGGUUUCUUCACACGACAGUAAAUACCCAACUGCAAAUAUGAAAUUAUGUUUUCCCCCAUUCGGCCCCAGCAAAGUGGUAAGGAUUUCAUUAACCCUGCAGUGAGUGCUUAGAUUAAAAGCUCUGUUAAAAUGUAAACUCUUUGGGACAGGGGACAGAAUUCCUUCUUGUAGCUUGUUGAGCAGUGAGCACUAUCUGCACUUAUAUAAUCAGUCAAAACUCACACAGUAUGUGCCAGCUUCCACUUGUGAAAAUGAUCUAUGAUGAUGAAAGCUGCCGAUACCCUUUCUGUAAACUUCAGCCUCCAAUAGAGGUGUGUGAUUUAGGGUUUGCUUAUUAAAUGGGUCAGUGGUGCUCAAGUAAAAAGGACAGAUGUCUUCUAUUUGGUGAUUAAACCAAGCAUUACAUUGCAAAUAAAUGAAGAAAUGUUGCGAGUA